AUGGCCAGCGCCCCGCUGGAGUCAUGGCACUUCUGUGGAGCCCACCCAGGUGUCCUGAGUGGCAACGAGAGCCUGGACCUGCUACGGGUGGGUGGAAGGGUACGUGAGGCCAGCCACGGGCGGCUGCCAGGAGUGCUGCCCACCGUGCCCACCCAGCCCCAGCUGCUGCUGCUCAGCACUGUGCACCUCUGCAGUACAGACCACGGGCCCUGGUACCAUGUGCUCACAGCCACCUGGUGCGUGCCACUGGAGGCAAAGCAGACAGUGCCAAUGCCCUUCCUGUGCCCUGAACACUCACCCUGCCUGGUGCCCACCGUGACCAGACACAAGUACUCAGUGGACUCCUUCAAGACUGGGAUCUUCUGGCCCCUGGAGCGAGUACUGGACCCUCCCAUCUUCCUAGAGCUACUGCGGCGGGCGGCCCGCACCCCUCCCCGGGCCAUCCCCGCGGCACUGCCCUGCCUGCGCCUCGGCCGCGCCGUCGAUGUGGUGAUACUGGUCCAUGGCAGGGUGGUAGUGCAUGUGGCAUGGCACUGGGCACUACUGGCACUGAACGAGGCUGAUGUGGAGGCAGCAGGUGCCAAGGCUGCCUCGCUGGCACACACAGGCCUGGUGCUUGAGGACCUGCGACCCUUCCUGUUCAUCCUCUGGCAUGAUGAUGGCAAUGUUGCCCUCCUCAUGGGCUGCUGCAGCGACCCCCAGCCCUGA